AUGGCACAAACUGCACAGCCGUUCUCUGUACCCGUCUUGUUUACCGAGCUCGACCAUGAGCCAAAGAAUACCUGGAUUGCCUAUGGCUCUUCUGAGAGGCGAAUCAUCUCCAAAGGAUGGACCAAAGACGAGGGUCGCAAGGCUUUUGCCGUCGAUACGGUCUGGGAGAAGGAUGUCCGCAUUCCGCUCCGAGAUGGUGUCGAGCUGUUGGCUGACGUUUUUCGUCCGCUGACAUCUGACGACAAGCCUGUCCCAGCCAUCAUGCCCUGGAGCCCAUACGGCAAGACUGGAACCGGUAUGCAGCAGCUCGACAUGUUCCCGUGGAGAGUCGGCGUGCCUCGCUCUGCGACGAGUGGUCUUGAAAAGUGGGAGGCUCCUGACCCUGCUGAGUGGGUCGCCCGCGGUUACGCUGUUGUCAAUAUCGACGCUCGAGGGUCUUUCAAAUCCGGCGGGGAUCUUCACGUGUACGGAACCCAAGAAGGCCGUGACGGAUAUGACUGUAUUGAGUGGAUUGCGCAGCAACCAUGGUGCAACAAGAGGGUCGCCAUGGCCGGGAACUCAUGGCUUGCGACAACGCAGUGGUUCAUCGCUGCUGAGCAGCCUCCUCAUCUGACUUGCAUGGCGCCUUGGGAAGGGCUUGGAGACUACUACAGAGAGUCUAUAUGUCGUGGUGGCAUUCCUGACCAUGCUUUCUGGGACGUGUUGAUGGGGUGGGCAUGCGGACCUGGGAUGCGCGAGGACGUUGGCGCGAUGGUGGAAAAGUAUGGUACUUGGAACGACUAUUGGGAAGACAAGAAGCCGAAGCUCCGCAACAUUACUGUUCCGAUGUAUGCCACUGCCAGCUUCUCAACUGGGCUACAUACCGAGGGAUCAGUCAGAGGAUUCCAGCUCUCUCGAUCAUCUGAGAAAUGGUUGCGCUGGACGGCAACCCAGGAAUGGCACGACAUCUACAAGCAAGAGAAUCUUGACGACUUACAGCGAUUCUUCGACAAGUACAUCCUCGACAAGGACAAUGGCUGGGAGACUACGCCCAGGGUCCGAUACUUACUGCUGGGCUACAAUCGGCCAAGCAUAGUCAACGAACCGGCUUCGCAGUUUCCGCCGGCCAAAUUCAGGUACGAAACCUUGUUCCUUGAUGCUACAGGCGGAGCUCUAGGACACCGCAAUCCCCCAACUGAGAGCGCGUUUGAAUAUCAAGCGGAUUCGCCUUCUGACGAUGGAUGCUCGUUCAUCCACACCUUCGAGGAAUACACUGAGCUGUCUGGUGUCUCGAAGGCUAAAGUGUACAUGUCAACGAUUGAUCAUGACGAUAUGGAUGUCUACGUUGUGCUACGCAAGCUGGAUAAGAACGGCAAAGCACUGUGGCACCAGAACAUUCCCAUGGAAGACCUCCCAAAGGGCACAACAGUUGACGAUAUUCCGAACGAGAACAUCUGGCGCUACAUUGGACCCAACGGCCGGCUUCGUGCGUCGCAUCGCGCCAUCGCAAAUGAGUCGCUUGAGGGCCUUGAUCAAGAUGCAUACAUGGAACUAAUGGGACCCGCGUACGUGUACCAUCCACAUACCGCACCACAAGCAUUACGCCGCGGCGAAGUUGUCGAGCUUGAGAUUAGUCUCUGGUCUGGUGGUAUGAUCUUCGAUGCUGGAGAAUCUAUGAGGCUCGAGGUCAGGGGUCGUCUUCCAAUUGUGCCCGAGUUUGAAGGUUUGGACAAGCGCAUGGUGAAUUACAAUGUUGGGCGGCAUAGGCUGCACACAGGUGGAAAGUAUGAGUCUCAGUUCUUGGUGAACCUAUGGAGGAGCGGCAAGUAA